ACGACAUCAAAUACCCAUAAAACGCAAACUAGUCUUCCCAGCGAACCAUGUAUAUAAAUACCUUUUAUAUCAGAAACCCUAACCUUCUCUGUCCACCGCAGCUGGAGCUCUCAAGUCUCGCCGUUGGGUAACUGAAAGAUGGUUAAGCAUAACAAUGUUAUUCCUAAUGGGCAUUUUAAGAAGCAUUGGCAAAACUAUGUGAAAACAUGGUUCAACCAGCCGGCUAGAAAAACCAGGAGAAGAAUCGCAAGACAAAAGAAGGCUGUAAAAAUUUUCCCCCGCCCCACUGCUGGUCCACUACGUCCUAUUGUCCAUGGCCAGACUUUGAAGUACAACAUGAAAGUGAGAGCUGGGAGGGGUUUUACUCUUGAGGAGCUCAAGGCUGCGGGCAUUCCAAAGAAGUUGGCCCCUACUAUUGGUAUCUCAGUUGAUCACCGUCGCAAGAACCGUUCUCUGGAGGGUCUUCAAGCCAAUGUUCAGAGGCUGAAAACCUACAAGGCGAAGUUGGUUGUCUUCCCAAGACGUGCACGCAAAUUCAAGGCUGGUGAUUCUGCUCCUGAGGAACUAGCAACAGCUACUCAAGUUCAAGGGCAAUACAUGCCUAUUGCUCGUGAGAAGGCUGGAGUAGAGCUUGUUAAGGUUACAGAGGAGAUGAAGUCAUUCAAGGCAUAUGACAAGCUCCGCAUUGAGCGUGUGAAUCAACGCCAUGUUGGUGUUAGGAUGAAGAGGGCUGCUGAAGCUGAGAAGGAAGAGAAGAAGUAAUUAGUUUGAUUAAAUUUUUGCUAGAAUUAAGUUUUGUUGUUAGACUUGGGAGUUGUUAGUCUUGACAUCUACAAAUUCUGCCGAAUCAUUUGGGUUGGAAGAUGUAUUGAUUGCAUCAUGUUUCAAAUGCUCAAAAGGAACUUGGCUUUUCUUUCUCGUUUUGACUUUUGGAGUUUGUGUUUAUUUAUAAUCAUCUAGCUCAACCUUUUACCUACAAUUCACUUUUACCCUACGUACUUUACAGUUUAAGUGUUUUUGUAAUUUGGUUUAAGGCAACUGAAUUUCUUGAGCA